AAAGAUGGCAUAUUUGCUGGGGACAGAACACUCUCCGCUAAUUCAAUGUCCUCGUCAAUUUAUUCCCUUCCAGUCCUCUACACUAUCUCCGAAUGGAAAGGGAAAUUAAUUUCUUGCUUUCACGCCACCAACUCCAUCGUCACCUCUUUCCCUCCAUCUAUAUGACCCCGUUAGAGAGAGAGAGAGAGAGAGAGAGAGAGAGAGAGGGAGAGAGAGAGGGGACAUGAAAAUGGCUUCUGAUUGUGUUCGUGCAAUGACUGGCUUCUGGGUCGUGUUUCUUGUUCUGCUGCGGUUGAGUUGCUCGGAGGGACAGAUGGUGCCGGCGCUUUUCGUGUUCGGGGACUCGAUCAUGGACGUGGGCAACAACAACGACUUGCCGCUCUCGGUCGCGAGAGCCAUCCUCCCCUACUACGGCGUGGAUUUCCCCACCAAGAAACCCAACGGAAGGUUCAGCAACGGCAAGAACUGCGCGGAUUUUAUCGCUGAAAAAUUGGGCUUGCCAACAUCGCCACCAUAUCUCAUCUCCAACUCCAGCCAGAGCAAUUCAUCAUCACCCUUCCUAACGGGCGUCAGCUUCGCCUCCGGAGGUGCUGGCAUCUUUGAUGGUACUGAUGAGAAACUUCAACAAUCGAUCCCUCUAAAGGACCAAGUGGAAUUAUACCGCCUGGUGCACGAUGACCUGGUGCAACACAUGGGAUCGUCCGGUGCCCAGAAGCACGUGGCCAAGUCCCUCUUCCUCAUCGGCAUCGGAAGCAACGACAUCUUCGACUACGUCAAAUCCUCUGAUCUCCGCAAGCAGCACACGCCGCAGCAAUACGUCGACCUCAUGGUCUCUUCGCUGAAGGAUCACAUAAAGCGUCUCUACAGUUACGAUGCGCGCAAGUUCGUGUUCGCGGGGCUCGCGCCGAUCGGAUGCACUCCGGCACAGAGGGUUAGGAACCAGAACGCACCGGGCGAGUGCAACGAGGACACGAAUUCCUGGUGUCGCAUGUAUAACGAGGCGCUCCUGGCGAUGAUGAAGGGGCUGAAGUCAGAGCUCGGCGACAUCAGCUACAGCUACUUGGAUAUCUACAACGUCGUGCUAGGCUUUAUCCAGAAUCCAUCUGCUUACGGUUUCACGGAGGUGAAAGCGGCUUGUUGCGGUCUCGGUGACCUGCGUGCACAAAUUCCAUGUUUACCGAUUUCGCAGUUGUGCUCCAACCGGCGAGACCAUGUGUUCUGGGAUCUUGUCCAUCCCACAGAAGCAACGGACCGUAUGCUUAUAGACAUAGUCUUCCGCGGUUCACCACAGUACACAUACCCGAUGGGCGUGCAGCAGCUGGCCGCUGUUGAAACUUAAGCAAAACAAGCAAGACAAAUUGGAAGAACUGUUUUUUUUUUCUCUUUUCAGACGGUAGGAUUACAUACUACAUGUUGUCAAUCGUGACGAAGCAAUUCAGUUUUUGCGGAUAUGCUUGGGUUAAUAAGAAUCGUCGCUUUUAAA